AUGUCGAACCAGGACGUGGUGCUCCCGGACAUGGGCAUUGCGGCGGCGGCCUUGCCGGGCCCCGGGCGCGCCCUCUUCGUGUGCCGCGGCGCCGCGGGCGCCGUCUCGUCGCUGCGCAGGGGCGCGUACGGCGGCCUCGGCCUCCCCGGCGCGGCCGACGGCGGCGCCGGCGGCGAGCCGUUCCUCGGCGCCCGAGCCCCCGCCCCCGCAGCGGUGGCGGGAAGGACCUGCACCAGCCGGGUCGUCGAGGCCAUCCGCGCGUCGUCCCCGACCCGCUGCCCCGCCGUCGACGAGUGCGACGCGUGGACGAGGAAGCACCCGUCGGCGCUGGGCAGCUUCGACCAGGUCGCGGCGGCGGCGAAGGGGAAGAGGAUCGUCAUGUUCAUGGACUACGACGGCACGCUCUCCCCGAUCGUCACCGACCCCGACAUGGCGUUCAUGACCGCCGAGAUGAGGGAGGCGGUGCGCGACGUCGCCAAGCACUUUCCCACGGCGAUCGUGACCGGCCGGUGCGUCGAGAAGGUCUGCAGCUUUGUUGGCCUCUCGGAUCUCUACUACGCCGGCAGCCACGGCAUGGACAUCAAAGGCCCAAGCUCCAAGGACGACCAGACGGUCCUGCUGCAACCAGCUCGCGAGUUCCUGCCGGUGAUCGACAAGGCGUUCAGGGCUCUGGAGGAGAGGACCAGGGCCACGCCGGGGGCCAGGGUGGAGCACAACAAGUUCUGCCUGUCCGUGCACUUCAGAUGCGUCGCCGAAAAGAGCUGGAGCCCAUUGGCGGAGCAGGUCAAGGCCGUGCUCCGGGACUUCCCCGAGCUGAAGCUCACCGAGGGCAGGAAGGUCCUGGAGAUCCGGCCGUCCAUCAUGUGGGACAAGGGCAGGGCCGUCGAGUUCUUGCUCAAGUCGCUCGGAUUCGACGACCGGAGCGACGUCCUGCCGGUGUACAUCGGGGACGACCGGACCGACGAGGAUGCUUUCAAGGUGUUGAAGAAGAGAGGUCAAGGUCUAGGGAUCCUCGUCUCCAAGUGCCCCAAGGAGACAGACGCCUCAUACUCUCUCCAGGACCCCACUGAGGUCAUGGAGUUCUUGGUCCGGCUGGUCGAGUGGAAGCGGCUGCGAUCGCUGUCGCCGUCGGCGCGCCCAAGGGCGCAGCAGCAGAAGUAGCACGCACGGUGGCGGAUCACACGCAGCUCGUCGUCGAUCGCUGCUGCGUGAUGCUGGCGCUGAUCGCGAAGAAGUCGAUCUCCGCAUGUUUAAUUAGUAGUUAGCUAAUUGUUAAUUGUGCACUAAUAACCCUCCCCUAGAUACAUGCCAUCGUGGCUGUCAACCCCCAGGCCGGCCCCAGAUGUGAACCGGCGGCAACCUGAUUGUUCUAGCCGCAUGGGUUUUGGGAGGCAGGCAUCCAUGUGCGAAGCUGCCUGCGGUCCUUAGCUUAACCCAGGAAGGUUCAUCCCCCUGCUGUAUGAAUUGUGAUGACUACUAGCUGUGACUCUAGCCUGCACUACUACUACCCUCCUGUAAAAUGUAACAUAAGAAUUUUAUUCUA